UCCAUUUCACACAAGGAGGUGAAAUUGGACAUGGUGAUCAAUUGCCUUAACUCUACACCAAUGCGACAACAAACAAUCUCAGGUUUUAGCUCCAGAGAAACACCAUCUGCAAAAUCUUCAAGAUUUUUUUUUAUCUGCCGUAAAAUUCCUAAAGAAGCAGUAAAUUUUCACCCAAAGUAGUUCAAUACAUAAACUAGUACCAAAAGAAGAAGAAAUGGGUCUCGUCCAAUAUUGCUUCUUAUUCCUGCUAGUCUUUGUAGCUGCUUUUAAUGAGCCUCGCGGAGCUUAUGGUAAGAGACUUGGUGGUGUCGUUUCUAGAGGCAGAGACAUAUUAGCUAGUGCUCCAGGGACGGCUCCGGAAACACUGUUGACAUCUGGUGGAUUGUGCGAGUCUACGAUCAAGAAACUUGGUUACAAAUGCCAGGAAUACACUGUGACAACCAAGGAUGGUUAUAUUCUUACCCUUCAUAGAGUCAACUGCGCUAAUGGUGAUGUGAAGACCAAGCAACCAGCCUUCUUGCAACAUGGGUUAUUUCUGGAUGCAGCGUCAUGGUUUCUGGAUUUACCGAACCAAUCUCUAGGAUUCAUACUAGCUGAUAGUGGUUAUGAUGUUUGGGUUGCAAAUACCAGAGGAACGAGAUAUAGUCGUGGUCAUGAAACCCUUGAUGCAUCAGCUGCUACAUACUGGGAUUGGUCAUGGGAUGAACUUGUACAAUAUGAUCUUCCAGCUUUUUUGGGUUUCGUCAACCAACAAACAGGGAAGAAGAUUAAUUAUAUUGGACAUUCCUUGGGAACAUUGAUGGCAUUGGCAUCAUUCUCGCUAGGAACUAAUAGUACUUGUCAAGUUCUUGACAAGCUGAGAGCAGUGGGACUGCUUAGCCCUGUUGCUUAUUUGAACCAUAUGGGGAGCCAAAUUAGCGUUAUUGCUUCUAAAAUCUUCAUUGGAGAGUGGGAAAGCUCUUUCGUUCCUGAAGUCAAUCCUAUGGAGUCAGAACGAUUUUUGCAGCAGUAGUUUUCUUCCUUGGUUUUGAGAAUAUUAGAUUAGCUUUGCAAAUGACAUUUGAUGGUAUUUAAUCAUGUCAUGAACAGUGACCGUAUAGCCGACUAUCUCGCGUCUUUGUGCUCUGUGCCUGGAGUGGAUUGCUUUGACAUGACUUCGAGUUUUACAGGCGUAAAUUGCUGCCUCAAUGCCUCGACUUUCGAUAUGUUCAUUAGAAAGGAACCUCAGUCAACUUCAAUGAAGAACUGCCUACAUUUAGCUCAAAGUAAGUUCCUACAUUAUGAAGAUUUAUCCUUCUUUCUUUCAAUUCUAACUAUUCGAAUAAUACUGCAGCGGUUAGGCAAGGGACUCUGACAAAAUAUGAUUAUGUAACCGCUAACAUUCAGAAAUAUGGACAGCCAACACCUCCGGAAUAUAUUCUAAGCAACAUUCUUAAGGACCUUCCUAUAUUCAUGAGUUACGGAGCUAACGAUUUUCUAGCCGACCCAGAGGAUGUCCAAUAAUUAGUGGAUGAAAUGAAACAUGAUAAAGAUAAACUUGAACUUCAAUUGAUUAACAAUUAUGGUCAUCUUGAUUUCAUUUUUGCCACUAAUGCUAAUGAUCUCGUAUUCAAGCAAAUGAUCGCCUUCAUUAAGCUCCAACCGUAAGAUAUCAGAAACCCCUAUAAACGUAGUAGUACGAUUCAUGGUCCUGCUGAUACAAUUUAUUUAACAAUGUACAUCAUGUGUAAUACCAAUUACCGACUAGGAAUAAUCCAGUCGGCUAGGAGUCUGAUUUUCGGACAGAGGUUAGAAAGUGGAGUCCCCGCUAGGGAAUAACUUGCCGCCCCUGGGUUGGUGCUGUAAGCAGUUCCCAUAUGGGUGUUGUAGGAAUAUACGUUCAUUAUUGUUCCAUUUCUGGUCAUCAAUGAAACCAACCAAGUUCUCCUUUUUUUGCUUUUGGGUGUGUACGUUCACAGGUCCUGUAU